UAAUAAUUUCUCUUCAAUUUCAUUUUACAAUUCUCUCUCUUGAACAAUUGCUCUUAAAUUCGAUUCUCUCUCGACAAUUGCUUCUUAUCCACGCCAAUAAAACUAAUUCUCCUUUCCCAAUAUCUAAAGCCUAAAAGAAAUUUCAUUUUUUGAGAAAGUUGAACAACAACAAAAAAUAAAAUAAAAAAUCAGGUCUUGAUAAUGGAUCGUUUUAGGGAUGAAGAAGAGCGAGAAAUAAUCCAUCAUAAACCAAAACCAUCAAUUCUCAAUAGAUCAAUUACUGUUCAUAACACCCAAAACCCAAUUCAAUUCCCUGAUAAACAACCCCUUUAUUUCUACCCAUCACCUCCUUCAUUUGAACGUAAUGGGUCCUUCAAAAAACAAUCAACGCCCAAUUCUCUCAAAGGAACCGUUAAAAAACUAUGUUCCCUUUUCGAGUCUCGUAAACCCUUGAAUUUACAGCCUCAAACCCCCACAAAGCCUGUAAAAACCGUCGAUUCGAGGGUUCCAUCGUUGCCUGGAACGGAGGACAGUGUCGUAAUUUACUUUACGAGUCUCCGUGGUAUUCGGAGAACGUUUGAGGAUUGUUAUACUGCUAGAAUGAUCUUGAAGAGUUUUCGGGUGAAAAUCGAUGAAAGGGAUAUAUCGAUGGAUAGUGCGUAUAAGAAGGAAUUACAGAGUGUUUUGGGUGAAAAGAAUGUAACUUUACCGCAAGUUUUCGUUAAAGGGAAGUACAUUGGUGGAGCUGAAGUGAUUAAGCAAUUAAAUGAAGUGGGGGAGUUGUCGAAAUUGUUAAGAGGACUUCCACUUAGGCCAAUUGGGUAUACUUGUGAAGGAUGUGGGGAUAUGCGGUUUUUACCUUGCUCGAAUUGUGAUGGAAGUCGGAAAUAUUUCGAUGAGGAUGAAGAACAGCUUAAGAGAUGUCCCGAGUGCAAUGAGAACGGGUUGGUUCGUUGCCCUCUUUGUUGUUCUUGAUUUGAGCAAUAGUAUAAUAAUAAGUUAACUAUAUUACAAGCCUGUCUGCCAAUAGUUUUCGGUUUGUGCAGGUAGUUUUAUUUGAGGGUUGAAUAGCUUUUGCUGCGUGUCUUAAGGCAAAAGUAAUGGUUGUUUUAGUUUUUUAAUUGACAUAUAAGUGCUUGCUAUGUAUAUAUUGUUUGAAAAUACUUUGUUCCGUGGGAUGAAGGCUGGGUGGCUUUUACAUCCCCGUAUAGUCUUGUAAAUUUGCCAUCGAAUAUAUCGUGUGGUUUUUUGAUUGAAACCCUAGUUGCUUUCUUUAGCAACUGUUGUGAAAAUGAAAUAAAAGUUCCUUGUUGUAAAGGGCAA